AUGUCCGCAGCAUCGACAGGCACCUUCAACGAUAGCAGCAAUCGAGCGGCCAUGAUGGAUUGGUCCGAGCGUAAAUCCAUCGUCGAGAACGAAAUUGAUGAAUUGAUCGAGGAUAUUCUCUACCAUAUCUCAUCAACUCGUCGAACCGACCCGAACGUUCUCAAGCUAUCAGUCGCUUUCAAAGAACAAUUAUACACUGAACACGCCGAGCAUACAGCAGCUAUCGCUGAGAGUUAUCGGACUUGCUGUUAUUUGAGUAGUGAUCGACAAAUCUCUCAAGCAUAUUAUCGAGAUGGCAGUUUGAAAUAUAAUAUUGUAAGCGUGUUCAAAUUAGAAAGUGAAGAUCCCUCAGUCACAGAGCCAAUCAUUCACACUAUCAAUCAAACACUCAGUUUCCCCUGCUCAGAGAUGGAGCUGAAAAACUGGGGUGGAGGAACAAUCAAAAAAGUCCUGCACCACGAGGAACCAAUCUUAUUGGUGCCGUUCGUUGCGGCUGAGAGAAGGGAUCCGCUAGAAGUGUACGGAGAUAGCCUCUCCAAGAGGAAGUUAUAA